GUUUUUACUAUUGUUGAUUGGGAAGGAAGAUGUUGUUGAUGUCUGUCCUAUCAUGUACUUUGGGGAGUACCUGUAGAAAUUGUGAUGUUGCUCGUCUUCCUCGUACCUUUUAUUUAAAGAAAUCUAUUUAGUCGAAAUGACAGAACGGAAGUUUACCCGUGGCCUGGGUAAGCCGGGUAUGGCUGCCCAGCUCAGAGAAACUGUGUCACAGGUGGUGAGAGAAAGUACCGUGCAGAACCAGCUGCACAUGGCAGACCCAAUCAACUUCGAAGAUUAUAUUUCCAAGAACAAGACUCUUCUUCAAAAUGAUCCUCACAGAGAGCUUCUGGUUUAUCCAUCUGAUGAUGUGUCGCAAGUUGUUCUUCCCAGAAAGUAUCGCACUGUGUCCCAGCAAGUAUUACCCAAUACAGAAUGCAAAGAAAACUUGCUUACUAAAGAGUGUCUUAAGAGCUAUACUAGUAACUGGCACUUAGUCCAUUACAAAUAUAGUGCAUACUCUGGCACUUAUUUGGAAUUGCCAAAGGCACCUAAAGUGGAUGAGUUGAAGGAUGAAGUCUAUGAGGUAGACACUGAUGCUGACCAGGUUGAUGAAGGAGUUGUUAAUAAAAUCUCUGAGGGCAUCACUAAACAAGGAUAUCUUUUGAAAGGACCACAGGUUGGAACUGACCGCAUAUUCGCCAACAUUGCUUCCAAAUCCUUCAAGCGGCGUUAUUGUUACCUGAGACGUGAAGUAGAUGGAACUUACAUUCUUGAAUUACACAAAGAUGAAAAGAAAGGGGAAGCAAAAGCAACAAUUGUCAUGGAUUUUUGCACAGAAGUUGUACGAAGCCCCAAAAGAGGUCGUUAUUGCAUGGAAUUACGAAUGCCCUCCGGCCACAAAUCAUACUGCCUUGCUGCAGAAUCAGAGCAUGAGCUGCAAGAUUGGCUGAAUAAAUUACAGCAGGUCUUGCAAAUAAAUCGUCAACAAGAAGAAAAGCCUCAUGGAUCGCUAGAGAGAGCGAGUGCAACUCCCCCUCCAUCUCCAGCUCAACUAGCUAUCUAUGGAACGUUGAAAGGAUUGGAGCAAAGCAUGAACCCGCAACUUAUGAAGUACUCUCGAGAAACAGACAUGUCCAUUGCCCAUGCAAGAAAGGAGAACCGACGCAGACUUUUCAGUGUAUAUCCUCAGAUGCCGCAUGUCAAACAAGGAGGCGUUGGAUCCACUGAGAGCUCCGUUGAACCAUACAAGGAAAAAUUUGGCCUUCGUUUUUUGGUCAAAUGUGAGGAAGUGAAAUUCAGGUUACAAGCUCCUCUUGAAGGAGAGAACGAAGUGUUUGGCCAAGUUGAGCCGUAUUUCACUUCUUUAGCUCUUUUUGAUGUGCGAGCAGGCCGCAAACUUUCUGAAAACUAUCACUUUGACAUCAAUGAUGAUAAAAUACGCAGUAUUUUCUUCAGCACUCAAGAUAAUGAUGAAAGCUGCACCAAUGGUGAAGCAUGCACACCUACUGAGCCCAUCUCCCCUGAGCUAGAGCAAGUGUCUCCUGAUUGGAUUCAGUUUCCGAAGCAGGCAUUGUUUAAUGUGAGUAAUCCACAUCCUGAGAUCUAUCUUGUACUGAGGAUUGAUAAGGUACUACAAGGUGGUAUUUGCCCAACAUCAGAGCCUUAUGUAAAAUGUACUAAAGAUCCAAAGUUGGGCCUGAAAGUCCAUAAACAAGUCAAAGCAUGCAGUCAGAGGUUGGGGAAAUAUCGGAUGCCAUUUGCAUGGUCUGCGAAACCACUGUUCCGCAUGUUCAGUAAUGAGUUGGAUACAUCGUCAGAAUUUCCAGUAAUUUAUAGGCAGGAAGGGAACCGUCUCAGGGAUGAUGAUCUCAUCAAAAUCCUUGCUGAUUUCCGCAAACCAGACAAGAUGGGGCGGCUGACUGCAAUUCCAGGCUCAUUAAAAAUUCAUAUCACACCACUUCAAGAAAUGCCUGCAAAUUGUCUUACAACCAAUUUAAUGUCUUUAAAACCAUUCCCAAUUCCACCCGUCAGUGAAUGCACCAGAGAGGUUUGUGAAUUGGAGGAUACUGUUCCGGAACACGAAGUAAACCCAUAUACAUCUUUUAUCAGUCAUCUGUAUGUGUAUCCUCAAAGUUUGAAUUUUGACAAUCAGAAGAUGUUUGCUAGGGCUCGCAAUAUUGCAUGUCUCAUUGAGCUCAGAGAUGGAGAUGAUGAAGAUUCAAAGCCUCUUUGUUCAAUUUAUGGACCACCUGGAGGUCCACUAUUAGUAACACACAGUUGUUGCUCUAUUGUACAUCACAAUACUACUCCAACAUGGUGCGAUGAAGUCAAAGUUCGACUGCCCAUUCAAGUCACAACUAGACAUCACCUCUUGUUUACAUUCUACCACAUAUCAUGUGAUACCACAAAAAAGAAGGAUGUGAGUGUUGAAACCUGUGUGGGCUAUUCUUGGAUCCCACUUCUGCACAAGGGCAGAAUAUGUGUUGAAGAGCAAAUUUUGCCUGUGGCUGCUACUUUGCCACCUGGAUAUUUGGCCAUCCAACCGCUGGGCCUGGGCAAGGGGGUGAGUAAUGAGGCCGAGCCUGCGCAUGAAGGAAAGGGAAUCCAUUUUAGUGGUCCUGAUGUGACAUGGGUUGAUGGUCAGAAGCCUAUAUUUACUGUCAACUUCCAACUGGUUUCAACUGUCUUGACAAAGGACCCCCAUUUACACAACUUAUUUGUGCAUGCGGAAAGGCUGUUAGAUCCUAAGCUUGCCAGAGCGUGUCCCUCAGAGACAGAAACGUGUCAAAUUUUGAAGGCUGCUCAUGCAGUUCAGCUGUCAGCUGUCCUAUCACUUUUACCUACAAUAUUGAACCAGCUCCUUACUCUGUUGGUAUCAUGUUCAAGUGAGGAAGUUGGCCUCAACAUUAUUCGACUCCUUGUAAACAUUGUCAACAUGGUUCAUGAUGCAGGUCGACAGGAGCUACUCCAAGCUUAUGUCAAAUAUGUGCUUGUAGCCCCAACAUCAUCUGAUGGAAACACAACUGUUCAUGAGCAACUCAGCCGCCAUUUACCAACUGUACUACGCCCUGACUAUGCUGAUUUCUUGACUGUGAACAAACUGAUGAGACAUUCAGACUUUUUCUUUCAAGUAAUGAGUAAAAGUAUGGCUCAGUUCCUUUUAAGCUCUGGUCGAAUAAAGAUGGUGCGUAAUGAACGAUUCUCUGAUACUUACCAGAAGAAAAUUGAAGAGCUCUUAAGCGCUUUGUAUCCUUAUCUUCAUAAAUACAAAGAAGUGCCUGUGGAAACAAAACAGCUCAACAUGAGCUUAGCCCAUUUUCUCAAGAGAUGUUUGACACUGAUGGACCGAGGCUAUGUCUUCCGUCUGCUGAAGGCCUACAUGGAGCUUUUUAGAGCCGAGGAUUCACGUACAUUAUUUGAUUACAAGUUGACAUUUCUCCAAAUAGUUUGUUCACAUGAACAUUAUGUGGCCUUGAACCUUCCUUUGCAGCGCAUGACCAAAUCAAGAGCAAAUGAUAUACUUUCAGAAUUUAUUGUCUGUGAGGACUUUUGUCGUUUUCAUUUCUUAGUGGGAUUACUGCUGCAGGAAGUUCGAACAGCCUUGAACCAGGUUGUUCACACACGACGCAUUGCAAUAGCUGUUUUAAGGGAUUUGCUUGCUAAACAUGAGCUGGAUGAUCGUUAUCAGAGCAAGGGCCAGUUGAGCCGCAUUGCUGCCCUUUAUGCUCCAUGGCUCAGUGUUGUUUUAGAAAACCUCAACAGACUGAAUGCAGUUCAACAUCUGAACGAUCCAGGUUGCUUUGGCAGAAGCAAUAGAUUGUCAAACAGUACUGGCUCUUGUCUGUAUUCCAUUUCUGAUGGCAUGAACAGUGAAACGAGCAGCAGAUCAUCUACACACAGGAUCACAUUACAUUUGGACAAUCGAUCAAGCCUUAGAGCUUCAACUUAUUUGAGAGAUGCUAAUUAUUUUGCUGCAAUUGCUGGACAAGGCUUGGUAAAUGGCUCUUCCACAGCAAGCUUGGAAUCAGAAGCAUCUACACUCUCUUGUGAUGCCGUUUCUACUGCCUCUCAAGAAACUGCCAUAAUGAGAGAUGAUUGCUCCCGCGAUGGCGACGUUAUAAAGACCCACUCAAGGUCUGUGAGCACAUCACAACCAAUGCGUAUUGACAAAAUAACACCCGCAGAGGUGAAAGAUUUGUUGACAUGCUUUUUAUUUGUUGUGAAGUACAUGUCUGAAGAGCAACUCAUUGCUUGGUGGCAGUUUUGUGAACCUGCAGAGCUCCUGAAUUUCUUCCGGGUGCUGGAAAUGUGCCUGUACCACUUCAAGUAUACUGGACGUAAACAUAUUGCCAACUCAGUGCGAGAAGUGACUCCUUCAAAUAAGGCAUCUAUCAAAGCAAUGACAUUACCUGCUCGAAUAGCCCCUCCUGACUUUUCGUCUGACCCAAGCAUUUCUGAAAGUGGCCCAGGCACCUCUAAUAAUAGCCCAAGUCAUAGUAAUGCAACAACUACCAUCAUUGUAACAAGUGGAACAAAUAGUGUGGGGAGGGAAAACCUUGUUAAAGGUGGAGCUGACAUGGAUGCAGGGACUCGCUUAUAUCAGGCUCUUCUUGAAGCCAACAUGGCCACAGAGGUGGGCCUUAUCACUCUUGAUGCUCUUGGCCUGUAUUGCAUUCAUAUGAAAGAGUCUCUUCUUUCCAACCGUGGUGAUAAUCCAAUCAUGAAUAAAAUAUUCGACAUAUUGCUUUCAUUUCUACAAGUAGGGCAGUCUGAAACUUUAUUCAGACAUGUGUUUGCUGCUCUCCGUGCUCUGAUAAACAACUUCUCAACUGUCUUAUUCCAGGGGAAUGCAUCCUUGUGUGGUCGGUUUUGUUAUGAGUUGUUGAGAUGUUGUAACAGCCGACUUUCUACAAUUCGCCAAGAAGCCUGUGCAAUCCUGUAUUUGCUUAUGCGAAGUAACUUUGAAUUUACCAGUGGAAAGGGAAUCACCCGUGUUCAUUUGCAGAUGAUCAUCUCUGUAUCUCAAAUGUUGGGGAAUAUUGUGGGUCUUAACAAUGCUAGAUUUCAAGAAAGCCUGUCUCUUAUAAAUAGUUAUGCUACUAGUGACAAAGUUAUGAAAGGAACAGGUUUUCCUUCAGAAGUUAAAGACCUAACUAAAAGAGUUCGCACUGUUUUGAUGGCAACUGCGCAAAUGAGAGAACAUCAUCAUGAUCCAGAAAUGUUAGCAGCACUGCAGCAUAGUCUUGCAAAUUCCUACGCCAGCACUCCAGAACUACGGCACACAUGGCUACAAAGUAUAAGUCGCAAUCAUAAUAGAGAUGCCAACUUUAGUGAAGCUGCUAUGUGUCAGCUACAUAUUGCUGCAUUGAUGGCUGAGUAUUUGAAGCUGAAAAAUGUGCAGUCUUGGGGUGCUGAAGGGUUUCUCAAAAUAUCAUCUAAUAUUGCCAGAGAUGAAACUGGGCUGAAACUGGAUGCAGGGGUGCAAGAUAUUCAGUAUACUGAACAAUCGCUGUUGGAACAAUUGGAAGUCUGUGCUGAAUGUUUGGAAAGAUCGGAAAGAUAUGAAUGCCUGGCAGAGGUUUACCGUCUAAUAGUUCCCAUGCAUGAAAAGAAAAGAAAUUUUGCCGCUUUGGCUCAAUGCUACCAAAAUCUCAGCAAAGCUUACCUCAAAGUCACUGAAGUAAUGCGCUCUGGUAAAAGAUUGCUUGGCCGAUACUACCGUGUUACCUUUUAUGGACAAGCAUACUUUGAAGAGGAGAGUGGAAUCGACUAUAUAUACAAAGAACCUAAGGUUGCAUCUUUGGCUGAAAUUUCUGAGAGAUUGCAGCGUUUGUACUCCUCUAAAUUUGGGGAAGGGGUUGUGAAAAUGAUGACAGACUCGGCUUCUGUUGAUUCCUCUGAACUUGAUCCAAAGUUUGCUCACAUUCAAGUUACACAUGUCACACCCUAUUUUGAUAAAACAGACCUUGAGGAACGACAAACUGAGUUUGAACAAAACCAUGAUAUCUGCAGGUUUAUGUUUGAAACACCUUUCACAAAAGAUGGCAAAAAAGCCCGUGGUCUUCCCCAGGAGCAAUGGAAACGAAGAGCUAUUCUGACUACUGAGAAGUCAUUCCCAUACGUAACAAAGCGCAUUCGUGUGGUGGAUCGUGUCAUAGAAGAGCUUAGCCCAAUAGAAGUUGCUUUAGAUGAAAUGCAAGCUCGGGUGUUAGAGCUGGAAGAAGUUGCUCUCUCAAAGCCAACGGAUGCCAAAAAACUACAGCUUCGUUUACAAGGAUCAGUUUGCGUGCAAGUAAAUGCUGGUCCUUUAGCCUAUGCAUAUGCUUUCCUGGAGCCAGGCCAGGCAGAACUUUAUCCCGAUGACAAGGUUGAGGACUUGCGUGAUGUUUUCAGGGAAUUUGUCAAGAUUUGCUAUGCUGCACUUCAAGUCAAUAGCAAGAUUAUUACAGCAGAGCAGCAAGAAUAUCAAGAAGUCCUUCGACAAAACUAUCACAAACUUUGCCAAGAAUUAAGCCAACUCUUUGGGGAGCCUGUUUGGCCCGAUGAGGAAUUGGGUAGUUUCAAACGCAAUAGUCAGGCUCUCUUUAGUGCUAUAAGUGGAGCUUCAGCUAAUUCUAGCUCCGCUUGAUCAUCCUGUUGAAUGCAAUGCUUUGUUGGUUUCGUAGUCCUUAAGUAAAUAUUCUGUCAAUUAUUUGUGGAUGUUCUUUAUUUGUUGCUGAUAUUUGUAUGAACUGCCAUUUUGAAGACAUUUUUCUUUGUUUUCCAUGAUUGUUAUUUGAGGCCAAAAUUAGUUUUAUGUUUGCUAGUAAUAAUGCACAAAGCUGACAUUCUUAGAUAUUUUCAUAUGGAAGCAUAUUGCUUCUCUUCAACAUAUGUGAUAUUUUUAGUCAACAAAGUGAGACUUUAACAUGACUAAGUAUAUCCAGAAUUGAAAGACUUUGCCCGAAUCUCUGUAGGAAAAAGUGUCUCCCCUUUUUGUAAGCAAAAAAAUUAGCAUAAAUAUUAUUGCUCUAGCAUCUUUCCACAUUGAAUAACAUGAAAUGUUUGUGGCUGGAAUGGAACCUAUUUUCAUGUUUGUGAUGUGCGGGUGAGUUAACAUUUGUUUCACUACAGAAAAUUUUAAAGAGCCUUCUUAGUUACAUGUACAAACUAAUUAUAUUGCUACUCAUUUGAAUAAAAGCAAGGUCAUUGAUUUGCACAUUUUCAAUACAUAAUAUCUUCCAUUAUUGUAUGAUGUGUGUCUUGCAUUCUGCAAACUGCUCAUCCAUUUUACUUUUUAAUUAUUGUUAUUGCUUGUACUGGAUUGUGUAUUUUUCAAUUUGUUAUGUUUCCUCCAGUGGCUCUUUGUGGCAGUCUUUCUACUAAAUAUUAAUUGUUUUUGCUUGGCAUCUAUUCCCCACCUGCUUUCCAUUUCUUUUGCCAAUUAAUUGUAGAAUGCUUUUUGGACCUUGUUUUAGGCGACAAAAGACUACAUUGUUAUCAGUGCAGGAGUGCCAUUAAUCAGUAUUACGAGGUGGGCACAAGCUUAGUCCUUCGUUGAGGCUUAGCUUUUAACUUUGUGUUUCUUAGUGUGGGACAAUAUGAGAUAUUUAUUGUUAAUUGUGAGGGCUGAUACAAGGGACCAUUUUGUUAUUUGUGCUGGGGCCAUGAUCACAUGCUAUCUCUGUUCUGUUGUUAUUUUGUUAGUUGUAUAUCUGAAUUGAAAUUGUAAUUAAGCUGUGUUGGAAUAGCUUAUGGCUCACAUGCUCUCUGUCAUUGUCUUUUACAUGAUUGUGGUGGAUGUGAGUGUGUCUUACAGGGAUUGGACACGUAAUGAAUGGACUAGACCAGCUGAGCUGAUGUAUUAAUGAUUUGGUCCUCGCAGCAGUAUCCCAUAUGUUGACAUCAUUUUGAAUUCUAGUCGUCUGUAUUUGUAAUGUAACUUAUAAGUGAUAUUGAAGUUUACUUCAUCUUUUUCUGAUCUGAUGCUUUAUAUUUCUUUUAAUUUGCAAGUACAUCUCGGGUAUUAGCUACAUCACUUUAGUGCCCACAGUUGCCCCAUGACUUUAUUAUUUAUUACUCUUUCUUUUUCUCCCUUUUUAUCAAAGUACAUACAUUGUCCCAGUCAUAAUGAUGUAAAUGGUUUUUCGUGGGUUCUCAUUCCCUGGCUUUGUUCCUGUACUAAAAGAAUUUCGUUUUGUUUUAUUUGGAACUUGUCGUGUUUUAUGUAUGUUCCAUUUUAUUUAUAUGUACUGUAUUCUAAGUAAUAUUGUGAUAUGAUUCUGAUAUUUAUACACUAUUUUAAUCCUUGUACCUAACAAAGUCAAAAGGUCAAUAUUCAAUUAUAAUGUAUUGUUUUGAUUUUAGAGAUGCAUGUUUUUCAAAACGAUAGAAAUGCUAUAACAAAAUAUUAGUACAGUAACUCAUGUUGCCUUGCACAAAAUCGACUUAGAGUACAAAAUUUUAUCAUAUAGUAAGUACCUGUUAACUUUCAAAUUUCAUAAAGAAAUCAACUAGAUUUUGCAUAGAACAUUUUACUGCAGCACUUUACUUUGUCAUUAUUUUUGACUUAGGGUGUAUUUUUUUACACUUUAAUGACUGCUCAUUCAGAAUUUUGUCUAUUACAUGAAGGGACCUAAAUUUAUGCAUCCCAAUUUGCUCCUUUCCGUCCCCAUAAUGACUAAAUUUUGAUCACUUGUCUUUAAAAUUGACCCUUUCCUUGAAUUUGUUUUUUGUGGUGUGCUGGGCAUAUCUUACUUGUACCUGCUUGUGUUGCCUUUAUUUCAUGUGGUAAGCCAUACUUCCUGCCGUUUUUCUGGUGGCAGUUCUUGAUUUUUGUUGAAUAAAGAAUAAUGCAGUUUCUA